AUGGCGCAAAAGCCGGUCCUCAUCUCGGGCGCAGGGUUGGCGUCGCUCCUGUUGGCGCGGUCGCUGCUGCGGUCUCAGAUUCCGUUCCAGAUCUUCGAGCGCGAUGCGUCGCUCAGCUUCCGCGGGCAGGGGUAUCGUCUUCGGAUGUCGCGCGAGGGACUCGAUGCGAUUGAAUCGGUGCUCGACCCGCCGGCGUUCCAGCGGUUCGACGACGCGUGCGGGAAGACGGGCGGGAGCGGACUCGUCGCGUUCGACGCCGUGACUGCUGAGGUGACCGAGGAAGACAACCAGAAUCUCGGGUCGCGGGACGGGAAGGUCGUGGGGAUUGCGCGUGGGGAUAUGAGAAGGUUGUUCUUCGAAGGGUGUGAGGACUUUGUGCACUUCAACACGCACGUCACGGGCUAUGAGUUGACCGGCGGUGGAGUGCGGGCCAUGUUCGCCGACGGCUCAAAGUCGGUCGAGGGCUCGCUGCUCGUCGCAGGCGACGGCAUCAAGUCUACCAUCGCCAAGCAGGUGUCUGGAGGGCUUCUCAAAGUCUACGACCUCGGCGCCAGAGGGAUCCAUGGACAGGCACCGACGGCCGCCUUCAAGUCUCUCGGUGAAGGGGUGUUCCGCGCCGUGGACAAUACGAACCCCAACGGCCGGCUUUCCAUCAUUACCAACGUUCGUCCUAACGACAUGGAGGAUCCCAACGUGGAGUUCGGCUGGACCAUGGUGGGUGUACCUGGUGUGAUCAAGGCGCCCCACGAUGACUAUAGCAUAGUCGGGAAAACGGCGGCCGACCUCGCGAAGUCGCUCACGAAGGAUUGGAAUCCUCGCUUCAAGCCGCUGUUUGACCAGAUGAAUGAGUCCGAGGCCGCUUUCUGGAAAAUCACCUGCUCGACCCCGACCGGCGUGCCUGAGUGGCCCAAUGUACCCAGAGUGACCGUGAUUGGAGACGCAGCUCACUCGAUGACCCCGGCUGGCGGUAUUGGUGCUAAUACUGCUUUGAGGGACUCGGCGUUGCUGGGUGGAUUGCUACGUGAUGCCGGUGGCUAUGCUGACGGUGUGACCGCAGCUUAUGAGCAGGGCAUGAGAGUGUAUGGCAGCGAGGCUGUCAAAACAAGUUAUGGCCAAGCCACCAAAGCAUUCAACGCCCAGAUCACUGACUCAAGUCCGACUGUUUGA